UAUUUUUUAUUUGUUUUUUAGGUUAUCAUUAUGCCAAGAGAAAAGAAAACGGUGUGGAUGCAUUUUCAGAUGGCUAAAAAUGAUAAAAACGCAAAUAUUGUCUGUUGCAAAUAUUGUAACAAGAGUUAUACUUUCCCAAAUGCUACUAGAAUGGAGAAACAUCUAGAAAAAUGCAAUAAAUAUUCUACUGUUAAUAAAGAAGGUUCAAUUGUAAUUGAAAUUGAAGAGGAUAUUACAGCUGAUACAACUCUUCAGCCAGUCCAGCCUGUUGCAUCAUCAUCUACGCUAUCUGAUUCUUCAGUAACACAGUCUUUGAAGCGUUCAAAAUCAGGAUCACAGAGGAUUUCAUCUUAUUUUGACUCGAUUAGUUCUGCGGAGAGAGAAAAAGCUGAUAAAGCUUUUGCAAAGGCCGUUUACGCUGGAGGUCUUCCUUUUUCAGUAUUUGAAAAUAAUCCACUCUUUCAUGAAGCCUUUAGCAUUCUUCGUCCUUCAUACGUACCACCAAACACACAUGCUCUACGAAGCUCUUUAUUAAACUUUGAGUAUGAAGCAGCCAAAUUAUCUAUUGAACAAAGACUUUCGAAAGCAUCUUGUAUUACUGUCAUGUCUGAUGGAUGGACAAAUAUAUGUGGUGAAGGAAUCGUUAACGUUUUGUUAGGUACUCCAGAUAUAGUAUUCUAUUCAGCUAUAACCCCUGGAGAACAAAAAGAAAAUGCUGAGUUCAUUGCACAUGAAUUUUUAAAAGUAAUCCGAAAAAUUGAUAGUAAUAAAGUUCUUCUUUUAGUAACAGACAAUGCUGCUGUUAUGAAAGCUGCUUGGAAAAUAGUAAGAACUGAAUUUCCUCAUAUAUUUACAAUAGGAUGUGGUGCACAUGGAUUAAAUCUUCUUGCCAAAGAUCUUAUGAAAAUUCCUUUUUUAAAUACUAUUAGAAAUCAAGCUCGAAAAGUUAUUAAGUUAAAAAGAAAGAGAUUAUUUUAUGCCGUUUUCAAAAAUGAACAGACUAGAUUGUAUGGAAAAAAUGCUAAGUCAUUAAAGUUGUCAAAUCCUACUAGAUUCUCAGGUGAUGCUCUAAUGUUUGAAUCUCUCCUUUCUAAUAAGACUGCCUUACAGGCAACUGUGAUAUCUGAUAAACUGAAUGGUAAUGAUAUUGAUUCUUCAGUAAAAAGUGAAAUUUUAAGUGAUAAUUUCUGGAAAGAUUGCUCAAUAGCUUUACAAUUGCUCAAACCAAUAGCUAAAGCUAUUGGUGUCUUAGAAAGCAAUUCUGCAUUUCUAUCGUUGGUUCCUAGGAUGUUUAUGGAUAUAAUUGCUAAAUAUACAGACUUUUUCAAAGAAUGUACUAUAAAUUCUGUUGUGCAAAAUACCAUAUUUUAUUAUGUUAAGAAUAGAAUGAAUUUUAUUCUAUAUGAUAUUCAUAAAACGACUUAUCUUCUCGAUCCACGAUUUCAUGGACAGGGUCUCAGUGAUUUAGAAUGCCUCGAUUGUCUUGAACUUAUCAGUUCAUUAGCUAGUUUCUUAGGUUUAGAUGUCACUUUAGUCAGAGAGAAUGUUGUACUUUACAGAUCGGAAGAGCACACGUAUUCGCAGCAACUGUUAGUAUAUAUUAGAAAUAAAAUCACGGCGGCCGAGAAGAUUUCCGUCAUCAAAGGACGGAGGAAGCGCAGAAUGGCCGGCAGUAAAGCAGAUUGUACAGUAAGGUUGAAGAUCUCUGGGCUACAGGAUCAACGAAGGGCUUUAUUCCAUAGACCGUUCACCUGUCGUACGCCAUGGAUACUCACUCUCUAA